ACCACCCGCGGCGACUACCACGCAUCGUCGCGGCGACCCGAGCCACACGUCCCCGGCCACCGCACAGCCUGGCCAAGAAGAAGAUAUCCUCGCGUCGGAAGCGGUGGUGGAAGGCGGCGAGCAAGCAGACGCAGGUGGUGAGCCGACGCCGACGAGGGGAAGGAGAAGCAGAGCAGAGCAGAGCGCGCGCCGCGGCCAUGGCUGCCGCUGUGAAUUCCGCAACCGCGCCUCUCUGCCGAGGCCUCUCCUCCUCCUCCUCCUCCUCCGGCGGCGCCAGGACGCGGCGAGCGACGGUCAGAUGCGGCGCCGGUGAUGCUCGAGUGGAGGGGCUGAGGCGGAGGGAGGCGUUGCUGAGCGUCCUCCUCUCCACCACGGCGGCGUCCGCGCCGGCGCUCGCUCCCGCCGCCGCCGCCGCCGCGACCGCCGAGUUGCAGGAAGGUUUCCGCACGUACGAGGAUGAGGCCAACAAGUACAGCAUCGCCAUCCCACAAGACUGGCUGGUCGGCGCCGGCGACGUCAGCGGCUUCAAGUCCGUGACGGCGUUCUACCCCGACCAAGUCGCCGAAUCCAAUGUCAGCGUCGCCAUAACCGGAAUCGGCCCCGAUUUCACCAGCCUCAAGUCCUUCGGCGACGUCGACGCCUUCGCCGAGAGCCUGGUGAACGGUCUGGACAGGAGCUGGAAGAGGCCGCCGGGGGUCGCCGCGAAGCUCAUCGACUCCAGGGCAUCCAACGGCCUGUACUACAUCGAGUACACGCUGCAGAACCCCGGCGAGAGGCGCCGGCACAUCGUCUCGGCCAUCGGAAUGGCGUUCAACGGCUGGUACAACAGGCUGUACACGGUGACAGGGCAGUAUAUUGAUGACGCCGCUGAUGUGGACAAGUUCAGGGCUCAAAUAGAGAAGUCUGUCAAAUCAUUCAGGUUCACAUGAAGACACAUUCAUCCUACACCGACAUCACACAACAUCCAGCAUUAUGCAGAGGAGGCGAGAACAAGAAACGUUUUGUAAACCAGCGUAUUUAGCGAUCUUUGUAAAUCGGCUAGUACAUUCAUGCCUGUCAGUUUAACCAAGUGUACACCAAAUGUUCUGAGAUUUGACGAUGCGACCUUGCUGAGGCCAACAUGAGCUAAUUGUGUGGUGUGAGACGCAGAAAACUUUGAACACGUGAUGUUGUUAAGCUUUACUCACAA